CCUCCGAAGCCAGACCGCAGUUCUGUCGAGGUGCUCGCGCCAUUUUGGUUGCUUGGUGCAGCGCGCUGCACUUGUAUAACCCCGUGCUGCAAAAAUUCUCAAAAAUCUGAGCGGGAGUCUACACAUUGACUGCUUUGGCUCAGGACGCUGAUUUUGGAUUAACUAUUUUCCAAGAUGGGCUACGGUCCUAAUUUGUCAAAAUCUGGUGUCAUGAUUGAAGCGCUGGACAGAUGGAUAUUCUACGGUCUAGGAAUACCCCCAGAUUACCGAACAAAAGACUGGUUCAUGAUGGAAGAACCUGGUUUUAUCGCGAUCUUGUUACUUUUCAUCUACCUGCCCUUCUGCACAAGAGUCGGCCCCUGGCUGAUGAGGGACAGGAAACCCUUUGACUUGCGCAACACCAUCAUCUUUUACAACUUCACGCAAGUCAUUUUCAGCGCGUACAUUUUCUACGAAGGCUUGCAAGGUGGUUGGGCAAAUGGAUACAGCUGGACCUGCCAACCUUUGGAUACUUCAACAAGUCCAACUGCAAUGAGGAUGGCUAGAGCUGUGUGGCUUUAUUUUAUUUGCAAACUCGUCGACUUGAUGGACACGGUUUUCUUUGUGCUGCGCAAGAAGAACAACCAGGUGUCUUUUCUGCACUUGUAUCAUCACGUUAGUAUGGUGGGAAUUUCAUGGGGAGGAACCCGCUAUAUGCCAGGUGGACACGGUACCAUGCUCGGACUUUUGAAUUCCUUUGUCCACGUGGUCAUGUACACAUACUACCUCCUUUCGGCCUUUGGUCCGCACAUGCAGAAGUACCUCUGGUGGAAGAGGUACCUCACCAGGAUGCAAAUGAUCCAAUUCAUGAUGGUGUUGGUGCACACAAUGUUGAUCCUGCAGCCGAGCUGCACCUACCCAAAGGUUGCAAUCUUCUUCCUGGCGCCCAAUACGCUCAUCUUCUUCUACCUGUUCUACGACUUCUACCAACAGGCGUACAGGGCGCAGGCAGCUACCAACGGAAAGGCAAACGGCGUUCAUAAGAACGGAGUGCACACCAACGGCAACGGUGUCCACAAAAACGGACACUCGAUUCCCGUUUCAGCGUGUUACUCGCCAAACGCCAAGAUCGACUAAAAAUAAACUGAACAGUGGUUGCUUUUGUUCAUUUUCUUUCAAUCCUUCAGAGGGUGAGGAAGUUUUUGAAAAAGAAAAUUCCAAAUUUUUUUGGAUUGUGAUUUGCGAUUGUUUAAAAAAAAUUUGGGAGCGACUCAAGUAAGAUGCUGAUAAUAAUUUUGACAAAAGUAUAUUCAUAUUCAAAAUGUCACUACGGAAAUUUAUAUAUUGUAAUGGAUCACUUACUAGUUGAGAAACUUGCCAUAAAAAUCUUUAUCUUUCCUUGUACUGAGACCCGGAAGUUUAAUUUUACAUCUCCUCACCAUUAUCUUUCUUGUUGAUUAGAUUUAUUGAUCAGUUUUUUUUAAUGACGAUUUUUCACUGUCAUCAACAUUUAACUGAAUUCAAUUGAAUUGAAUAACUAUGCCUUUUUCAUCAUCAACUUUCCUUGCCACUAAGCUUGUCACUAAUUACAAUAGGAGAUGAUCUAUCUAUAUUUCGCUCAAAUUUGUGAGGCAGAAUAGACUUCGUAUCCUUCUUAAGUAAAACACGACAUUCAUUAUAAAAUAAAAUAAUAAUGUUUGGCAAAUCAAUAUAUUUCAUGAAUAUUCUUGCCAUUUUUGGUGUUAAAUAAAGUAGUGUUUAAGUUAAAAAGAUGUUUGCGCAUGACCAAAUGUGGUUUAUUCUAUGCUAUGUAUGUGAAAAUCAAGAUAUUUUAUGCCAUGUUGUCAGGGAAUUUGUAAAUAUUAUACUUUUGUGCUUUUAAAGAAUUGCACAAUUUAUAUACUAGAAAAUAUCCCAAAUAGAAAUCCUCGAAUUUCUAUAUCAUAACACCUUUUUUUUUAAAUUAAGUCACAAUACAAGGUCCGACAAUACCACCAUGUAAUAAGUAAUAAGUAUUUUUGAGCGCUUGCUUAUGCCUAUUUAAUAAUGUAUUAUAAUGUCAUUCAAAAUAAAAACAAUAUAUGAUUUUUAAACA